ACGAGGAACUGAAAAAUAUUUCUAUGGGGUAUGUUGCCAUCUAGCCAGUUGUCUAUUUCCUAUCAUCACAACUAUGCCAAUAUUUCUUUUGCUCCUAACGGCGUCUUGUUUGCCGGUGAUCUUCUGUGAUACUGUGUGUCCUUGUGAACGUAAAGAGCUCUGCCAGCAAAUCACAGAUGAAAAAGACUUUGAGGUGUACGUGUUUGACGUGGGGAAGAAGGCAUGGAAGUCGUAUGACUGGACAAAAGUUACCACGGUAGCUGCGUUUGGAAAAUAUGACCCAGAGCUCAUGUGUCAUGCCCACUCUAGAGGCGCACGUCUGGUACUAAAAGGUGAUGUACCUCUUUCUGAUAUUGUGGAGCCUGCCAAGAGGGCUGCCUGGAUUUCAGAGAAGGUGGACUUGGCAAAGAAGCAGUUUAUGGAUGGGAUCAAUAUUGACAUUGAGCAAGAGGUCGAGGAGUUCUCCCCUGAGUACUAUGCUUUGACCGCACUCGUCAAAGAGAGUACAGAGGCUUUCCACAGAGAGAUUCCAGGCUCACAGGUGUCAUUUGAUGUGGCAUGGUCUCCCAAGUGCAUUGACAAACGUUGCUAUGAUUAUACAGCCAUCGCCGAGUCAUGUGACCUGCUGUUUGUGAUGUCUUAUGAUGAGCAGAGUCAAAUAUGGGAUGAUUGUGUUGCAAUGGCAAAUGCACCAGUCAACCAGACAUUAAAUGCUUACGAUGACUAUAUAAAGAUGAAGAUAGAUCCAAAGAAACUUGUAAUGGGAGUGCCAUGGUAUGGCUAUGACUACCCGUGUCUUAACCUUUCACAGGAAGGUGUGUGUACCAUCUCCAAAGUACCCUUCCGCGGAGCUCCUUGCAGUGAUGCGGCUGGACGGCAAAUACCCUACAGCACUAUGAUGAAACAGAUCAACAGUUCAAUGUCUGGAAGAAUGUGGGACCAGGUUCAGCUUGCCCCGUACUAUAAUUACAAGGACAAAGAAGGGAAGGUCCACCAGGUGUGGUACGACGACCCCGAAAGCAUUUCCUUGAAAGCAGCCUAUAUCAGUGCACGAGGCCUGCGGGGAAUUGGCAUGUGGAAUGGCAAUCUGCUGGACUACAGCGACAAUCCUGUUGCCCAGCAGCAGACCAAAGACAUGUGGAAUGCCCUUAAACCAAACCAAGAGAAAGAGCUCUGAGUGAAGAGAGACAUCCCAGACUCCACAGCUAUUUCUACAAGUCAAUAUAAUGCUUUGUUUGUGUACUGGAGAAAGAACAACCAAGUGUCUUCCCCCUUAAAUUUAGGGAUUUGUUCUAGCACUCUAAUCAAAUUGCUUUUUUAUGGGAAUCGUAAAAAAAAAUUGGUAGGACAUUUUAUUUAAACAAAUGGGAAUACUUCUAUUCUCCCAGUGGUAUCACGAAAUUAUUCAAUUUGAAAUGCAUUUAAAUGGUUGUUUGUCAGGUCUUUUAACAAUAGAAUCCCCAUUUUGUUUUGACAUGAAUUUCCUGUCAUUAUGUAAUUCAAUUUGUACUAUAUCCACAAAUACUGAAUUGCAAAACCUUGCACAAAAUGCACUUUAUUGAAUUUUG